AUGCUUCGAGAUAAGAGUAAUCAGACUAUUGUUGUGUCUGGUGAGUCGGGUGCUGGUAAGACGGUCAGUGCGAAGUAUAUUAUGCGAUACUUUGCGACCGUAGAGGAUCCAGACCAUCCGAGAAAAAUUGCCAAGGGUCACAGCCAUCAUAAUAACGAGGCUUUAAGUCAGACUGAAGAGCAGAUUCUCGCUACAAAUCCUAUUAUGGAAGCUUUUGGUAACGCCAAGACCACCAGAAACGACAAUUCUUCGCGAUUCGGAAAGUAUCUCGAGAUCCAGUUCGAUAAAAAUGUCGAUAUUAUUGGUGCUAGAAUCCGCACUUAUUUACUAGAAAGAUCGCGUUUGGUGUUCCAGCCGGCUACAGAGAGAAAUUAUCAUAUUUUCUACCAGCUUUGUAGUGGUGCUACUGAUGAAGAGAGACAACAGUUUAAGCUGCUGCCUGUUGAAGAGUUCGAUUAUCUUAACCAGGGUGGAGAGCCUGCGAUUCAAAAUGUCGAUGAUGCUGCCGAAUUUUCACUCACUAGAGAGGCUCUUACCACCAUUGGCGUCGAUUCUACUGUUCAGCAUGAUAUUUUCAAGAUCCUCGCGGCUCUGCUGUAUAUUGGUAAUAUCAAGGUUACUGCCACAAGAACAAAUGCUGUUCUUAACUCGGACGAACCAGCUUUGACACAAGUGUGUGAACUGCUGGGUCUGGAUGCUGUAAAUUUUGCCAAAUGGAUCACUAAAAAGCAGAUUAUUACUAGAAGUGAAAAGAUUGUUUCCAAUUUGAACCAUAAACAAGCCACCGUGGUAAGAGAUUCAGUCGCAAAGUAUAUCUACUCAACUCUGUUUGACUGGUUGGUCACUGUGAUUAACCAGGGAUUGCUGGCUGAUGAAUCUAAGCACCAAGUCAACUCGUUUAUCGGUGUUCUGGAUAUCUAUGGUUUUGAACAUUUUAAGAUCAACUCAUUUGAACAAUUCUGCAUUAAUUAUGCCAACGAGAAGUUACAACAAGAAUUUAACCAGCAUGUGUUCAAACUCGAGCAAGAUGAAUAUGUUCGAGAAGAGAUCGAGUGGACUUUCAUUGAUUUCAGUGAUAACCAGCCUUGUAUCAGUCUGAUUGAAGCCAAGAUGGGUAUUCUUUCGCUGCUUGAUGAAGAAUCAAGAUUACCAGCUGGAUCGGAUGAAGGCUGGGUGGGAAAAUUAUACCAGAACUUCGAUAAUGCUGAACAUUCGAAGUUUUUCAAGAAACCACGAUUUGGUAAGAGUUCUUUCAUUGUUAGUCAUUACGCCAUGGAUGUUGCUUAUGAAGUAGAGGGCUUUAUCGAGAAGAAUAGAGAUACUGUUCCUGAUGAGCUUAUUGAAGUGUUAAAUGCUACUAGCAAUGAGUUCUUGAAGCAGGUUUUGGAAACCAAAUCUGCUGCUGCUGCCGCUCCGGCUGCUGCAAGUUCUUCUAGUGCUCCUGGUAGGGCAGUGGUGAGAAAACCAACUCUAGGUAGUAUAUUCAAGGGCUCAUUGAUUGAGCUUAUGACUACUAUCAACUCGACAAAUGUACACUAUAUCCGAUGUAUCAAGCCCAAUGAUGAUAAGGCGGCCUGGAAAUUCAAUGGUCCUAUGGUUUUGUCGCAGCUACGAGCAUGUGGUGUUUUAGAGACAAUUCGGAUUUCAUGUGCUGGUUUCCCCACCCGAUGGACCUAUGAAGAGUUUGCGUCGCGUUACUACAUGUUGGUCCCAUCGACCAACUGGUCAGUGGCUGUCAAAGAGUUGUGUGAUGUGAUUCUACAACAAUCUAUUCAGUCGCCUGAUAAGUAUCAACUCGGUAAGACCAAAAUCUUUUUCAGAGCCGGUAUGUUGGCGUACCUUGAAAAGCUGCGUAGUGACCGCCUCAAUGAAUGUGCUAUCGUUAUCCAGAAAAACUUACGCAUGUUACACUUCCGCAAGCAAUACCUUGCUACUCGUCAAAGCAUUAUAGCUGCCCAGACUUUGAUUCGUGGCUUCAUUGCUAGAAAAAGAUAUGAGAAUGAACGCCGCGAGGCUGCUGCCACUGUCAUCCAGACGAGAUGGAGAGGCUACACUGCUCGGACAAGCUAUUCUCAAACCCGUACUUCUAUUAUUGCUUUGCAGAGAAUGGUUCGUGGUUACAUGCUUCGAAGACGUCUAUUACAAGCUAGAUACGACAGUGCUGCCAUUACCAUUCAAAAAGUUUGGAGAGGUCAUGUGGCCAGAAAAGAAUAUCAUGCUACUCGUAACAAGAUUAUUCUUGUUCAAGGUUUGGUUCGUCGUAGAGCUGCUAUCAAAGAGCUUAAACAACUGCGACUUGAAGCUAAGUCGGUUAACCACUACAAAGAAGUUCAGUAUCGACUGGAAAACAAGGUUGUCGAGCUCACGCAAUCUUUGGCCACUCGUAGAGAGGACAACAAAAAGUUGCAGAGUACCAUUGAUGGUCUACAUAACCAGAUUUCUCAGUGGCAACGUAAGCAUGGUGAAUCUGAACAGCGUUUGGUUGAUUAUUCCAAUGAAUCAGAUGAAACAAGACAACAACUGCUGCGUGAAAUUGAUACUAUAAAGGCCAAUUUGGCAUCAGUCCAAAAGGAACACGAUCAUAUCGUGGCCAAACUGCAAUCACAAGUAGAAGAAAACAAGCGUGUGCGUGAAGAACUAGAAGCUAAAGAAUUGGCAUUAAGUGAGUCUGCUAAGACGGUCAAGGAAUAUGAAGAAAAACAUGCCAGUCUGAAUGAAACUAUUAGCCAGUUGCGCAUAGAUCUGGAGAAUGCUAUCAAGGCACAACCUUCAACAUUUGCUCCUAGCUUGACACCUCUGCGUAGUCUUGGAGGUGUUCUCAAUGGCGGCAAUAAUCUCAAUACAGCCUCUCCAAAGAAGCGCAAUCCCAAGAGACGGUCGCUUACUAAUGCCCUUGGAGGUGCUGCUGCUGGAGCUCUUGCUGGUGGUGCGUUUGACGAAGCUGCUGGUUUCAGUCCUAGACCUGCUUCUAUUGCUAUUCCCAACUCUAAUGAGCUUCACCAUCACGGCCGUCAAUACAGUGCGAGUACUGAGAUCAGUAUUGGAUCUAUUGGCUUGAACGGAGAGAUUGAACGGUUGUUGGAGGAUGAAAAGGUUCUACAUACUGAAGUCAUCCAAGGCAUGAUCUUUAAUUUGAAGAUUCCUGCUCCAAGCAGUAAUGAAAAGAUCACCCCCAAGGAGAUUUUGUUCCCAGCUAACAUUAUCAACUUGAUUACUUCUGAGAUGUGGAGACUGGGAUUCGUUAAAGAGUCUGAGAGAUUCCUUGGACAAGCUAUGCACGCUAUUCAGGAUUCAGUCAUGAAGCAUACUGGUGAGGAUGUUAUCAACCCUGGUGCAUUCUGGAUUUCUAAUGUUCACGAAAUCCUUUCCUUUAUCUGUCUUGCAGAGGCCAACAUUGUGCAAAAUGAGGCUUUGCUUGAUGAAAUGGGCGAAUUCGAGUUCCAAGAAUAUGGUCGCUUGGUUGGCAUUGUCAAACAGGACCUUGAGAACCUUGAGUUUAACAUCUAUCACACAUGGAUGAAGGAGAUUAAAAAGGUACUGGACAAGAUGAUUGUGCCUGCUAUUGUCAUGUCGCAAUCAUUGCCAGGCUUUAUUACUCAAGAAAACACGAGGUUCUUGUCAAAGAUGUUCACUGGAAGUGGAAACACCGCUACUAUGGAUGACUUGUUGAGUCUAUUCAACAAGGUUCACAAAGCCAUGGAUGCAUACUAUCUGGAACCAGAGUUUGUCAAGCAACCUAUCAUGGAACUACUCAAGCUUGUUGGUGUUAAAGCAUUCAACGACUUGCUGAUGAGAAGAGCAUUCUUGUCGUGGAAGCGAGGUCUUCAAAUCAACUAUAAUAUCACUCGUAUUGAGGAGUGGUGUAAAGCACACGACGUUGCUGAGGGCAUUCUAAGACUCGAACAUAUCAUGCAAUCAGUCAAGCUGCUGCAGCUUAAGAAAUCUACAAUGGAAGAUAUCGAUAUCAUUUAUGAUAUUUGCUGGACUUUGACACCAGCCCAGGUCCAGAAGUUGAUCAACCAAUACCUUGUUGCUGAUUACGAACCUCCUAUCAGUGCCGAAAUCCUGAAUGCUGUGGCUUCAAGAGUGAAGAAUGAUAACAACAACACCCUUCUGCUGGAGGCUAUUCCACUCGACGAUAGUGGUCCAUUUGAGAUAAUGGAGCCUCGUGUACUAAAACGCAUUGAAUCCUACAUCCCAGGUUGGUUGCAAGUUCCCAAUCUUAAGCGACUUGCCGAGCUGACAGCUACUGUUAACCAAGCAGCCAUUAAUGGUGAUGAAUCACAACAGAUUCAACAGCAGCAACUACCUAGUCAGGAUAUCACUGACGGAACCAGCCUGUCAGAUGCUGGAAUGCUUAGCGAGCCUCCUAAUGACGGAUACCCCAUUGCGGCGUGA